UGGACGCUCCACAAUUUGGCCAUUCAUCUUUUAGACGAAACUGGAUAACGGUUGGAGGACACGAGUCUUGCAUUGUGGCCGGACGGUCGGAUCAGCGAUGGACGGUGAUUGUAGACUCACCAUACCUCUUUUGUGUUCACCCAGUGCAGAGUUUCUCUAAAAGGGAAUAAUAGAUAUCCAGAAACGGAUAACGAUGCAUAAGAUUCACGUGUCGAUUGCAGGGCGAGGGGGCACCCGAACCCUGCCAUUACACUCCUACAUGUCGAGCAGCUAGCGUCGGUUCCGGCCGUCAAAAAAACAAUCCUGCUUUCGAUGUCGCGCAAUCCAUCAGAAAAUGUGAAGUCAUUCGAUCCAUCAUCACCACCCGGUAAACCGGUUCACGGUGUCAGCUUGCAAGCCCCUCGCAUUCCCUCCACGUCCCCACGCGGAACCCUCCUGGACUCCGCCCUUCCCGCCACGUGGCACAUCCUUGUGCGCCUCGUGGAGCCCACCCCUUCCGGACGUGUGGCCCACUGCCACCCCUCCCCCGGCUCGGAUCACGACACCCUCCCUCUUGGUGUCGUGUCGAAGCCGCCGAAACCUUCUUUGAGGGGCUCUCUCCUGAUCUAUGAAUGAUCUCCACUCCCGCUAGCUUAAUUAUUUGACCACCAACCCUCCUUACAUCUUUACCCCAUCCACAAGGCCUUCGCAUUCGUAUUCACACUCCCUCCUCCUCGUCCUCCUCUCCGUGCAAAUAUAUAUAAAAGGGGCCCACCUCUUACUUUUAUUUUCUGCGUUCGAAUUAUCAUUUACAGAAUUGGGUAAUCAGGCGUGGUGUUCGUAGGGGAUCAUGCAGGGGUCGGAGCAGCAGCAGCAGCAGAAGAAAUGCUGCCCGCUGCGGCGGUCGCGGAAGGGGUGCAUGAAGGGGAAGGGGGGCCCGGAGAACCAGCAGUGUCCCUACCGCGGGGUGCGGCAGCGCACGUGGGGGAAGUGGGUGGCCGAGAUCCGCGAGCCCAACCGCGGCGCUCGCCUCUGGCUCGGCACCUUCAACACCGCCCUCGAGGCCGCCCAGGCCUACGACUCCGCCGCCCGCAACCUCUACGGCGACUGCGCCCGCCUCAACCUCAACCUCAACCACCCCAACCCCCCGCAGCUAACUAGUACUAGCCCCAAUCACCAACCCAACACCCUCCUCUGCCCCUCCACCCCGACCUACUCCCCGCCGCGCUCCGCUGACUCCACCACCACCACCACCACCACCACCACCACAACUACUACUACAAGCGACUCCACCGUCCCCGGGGGAGGGAUCGAGUCGCCCGGCUUUUUCUGCGGAGUCGAUGCAGGGCUCGACGAUUUCGACGACUACGUGACGAGGCUCCCCAAGGCGGAGGACUUCGGGCUGGAGGGGUUCCAGGAGGUGCCGCUGUUCAACGACGUUGGAUUCUGCGACACCGAGCUGGAUCGCGACCUCAUGAGCUUCGACGCGCUGCAGCUCUCCUGGUGCUCCUAAAGCCAUGCAUGCACCAACCCCCCCUAGCUAAGCUAGCAGUAGUUGUGCGUGCGCCAACGAAUUAAACAAACAAAAGUGCGCAUGCAGCUAGCCGUACAUGUACAAAUUAGGAAGGGAAAGGCGGCGUACGUACGUACGUACGUGGUGUGUACAUAUGUACAAUACUUUGUGUAUGCAUAUGUCUUUGACAUAGUAUGGGGUUUGGGUUAUGGACUGAAUAAGUUAGUUUCGCCCAAUAUUUUCUUUUUAUUUUGAAAAUUAAGGAGAGAGAAUAAUUUGUUCUAAUCUCACUCAGUGAAUUGCCGUAAUUAAUGCCUGAUUCGGGUUGGCGUGGGUAAUUAAUAUAACU